GCAGGACCGGGACCAGACCAGGACCAGGGAGAGGCCGAGGGAGGCAGGACCGGGACCGGGACCAGACCAGGACCGGGACUGAGCCAGAGACCCAGGACCGGGACCCGGAUCGAGCCAGGGAGAGGCCAAGGGAGGAAGGACCAGGACCGGGACCAGCCCCCGAUCGGGACUGAACCAGGGAGCCGGGACCCGGACCGGGACCAGGGAGAGGCCAAGGGAGGCAGGACCUCAACCGGGACCAGCCCCGGCCCGGGACUGAGCCAGGGAACCGGGACCGGGGAGAGGCCGAGGGACGCAAGACCUGGACCAGGACCGGGACCGAGCCAGGGAAUCAGGUCCCGGACCGGGACCAGGGAGAGGCCAAGGGAGGCAGGACCUAGACCAGGACCAGGACUGAGCCGGGACCAGGACCGAGCCAAGGAGAGGCCAAGGGAGGCAGGACCAGGACCAGACCAAGAUCCUGACCCAGAGGGAGGCAGGGAUCCGGGGCUGGAGUCAGAGUCCGGACACCCCUGGGGUCACCACCGGCCCGUCCUAGGGGUCACCACCGGCCCCGCUCCGGCCCGCAGAUGCCACAGUCGCCGUGGAGGUCCCAGGGUUGAAAGUCCCCGGAGCCAUGAAGAAGGCGGCAGCCCCCCGGCGGGCUUCCGAACUGCCCCCUGCCCCACCCCGGACUAGGGUCAUCUCCAAGUCAGCCCAGUACGUGGGCUCCUUUGUCCUGGAAGAUCUGGGGCUCCAGGAGAUGGUGUGGAUGGUGCAGCAGCAGCUGUGGGCGCUGAAGGACUGUCCCCGGCGCAGAGCUGUCCUCCUCAAAUUUAGCCUCCAGGGUCUGAAGAUCUACAGUGCCGAGGGAGAGGUCCUUCUGAUGGCCCACGCUCUGAGGAGGAUCGUCUACUCCACCUGGUGCCCCGCCGACUGCCAAUUUGCCUUCGUGGCCCGGAAUCCGCACGGCCCAGCCAGCCAGCUCUUCUGCCACCUGUUUGUGGGAAGCCAGCCUGGCGAGGUCCAGAUCCCGCACUUGCUGCUCUGCCGUUCCUUCCAGCUCUCCUACGUCCUGCAGCACCCCGAGGACCGGGCCCGCCCCCGCCCCCGCGUGGGGCCGCCCUCCGGAGAGCCCCCGAAGCCGCAGUCCGGGACCCCCGGCCCGGCGGGCGGGCUGCGGGAGCCUCUCGGCAAGGACCAGGUCUCCCACAACGUCCUGGCGCUGGUCUCCUUCCGCCGGCUCCCGCCUCAGGGGGACGGGGCCGUCCCCGGCAGCACGAAAGAGGCUCCAGAGCCAGAAGGCCGCGGCGGUUCCCGCAGCUCACGCUUGGGGAACCCCUACUGCUCCCCGACCCUGGUGCGCAAGAAGGCCAUCCGGAGCAAGGUGCUGCGCUCGGGGGCCUACCGCUGCUCCACCUACGAGACGCAGCUGCAGCAGUCGGCACAGGAUGCCCUCCCUGCCUCCUGGGAUGGCGGGGGCCAGGGGGGCCUGGUCUGGCUGGUGGAGAGUGGGGGCAGCCUGACGGAGAACAUCUGGGCCUUCGCAGGGCUCUCCAGGGCCCGGGCCUUGGCGCUCCUCCGAAGAGACGUUCUGGGCACCUUCCUGCUCUGGCCGGAGCCGGGGUCCGGAGGCCAGUGGAGCUUGUCGGUGAGGACACAGUGCGGGGUCGUACCCCACCAGAUCUUCAGAAACCACCUGGGCAAGUUCUACGUGGAGCACCUGACGGCCGAGUUCCCCAGCCUGGACGCCCUGGUGGAGCACUACUCUGGCGCAGAACGCGGACUCUUCUGCUCCCUGGACAUGGGCCGCCUGAACCACUGUUACGAGGAGGACGACUGCGGCGGGGAGGCCUGCCCGGGCCCCGACUCCAGCCGAGCGCCCCGGCUCUGUGGCCAGGCCAAGCCGCAGACGGUCGGGCAGGAGCUGGGCUAACGUCGGCCCCUCGCCCCCACCCCGCCUCGGGGGUUCGCUGGGACCCCAGCCCUCCCACCCGCUCCCGCCCAGCACUCGGAGGGGAUGAAUAGUCACGUACGUCCCCCCGGGUCGUGUCAGCGCUCUCCACCGGCUGAUGUCACUCUCUCCCCGAACGAGUCCCUCUCAUUGCUUUGCUGCUUCUUUGGGUUUUAGAGCCCAGGGUCUGGAGGUGGGGAGGGGAGGUGGAGGGCGCUUGGCUAGUGGCCACUGUGCGGGAUGCCCUCGUUAGGCCUUGACCGAGCCUUUGGGCCAGGCAGGGAGGCUCUCACGUUGAUGUGCUGGGUGGCCGUGGCUGAGUUGCUUAGCCUCUCCGGGCCUUAGGCUUGCCCCUCCCGGGGCUAACGUAGACCUACCUCAGAGCGGGGAUGAAGCUCGCUCCCGCCCCAGUUCUGAGGCGCCCUGUCCCUCCUGCGGCCUCGGUGGCGGGACUGAUUCCCUUAAUCCUCCGUGGCACCUGGAAUGUAGGGAGCGCGGGGGCUGUCCGGGGCAAAGGGGUACCCCAGCCUGGGCAGGGUCUGUGGAAGCCAAGAGCUGUGGGGAUGGGGGCGUCCAGAUGGGCAGAGCUCUCUGGGAGGAGAAAUGCCGGGGCUUCCUCUCUCACUUCCAGCCCGGGGGCUCUUGAUGUUUGAGGAAGAUCUGCUCCCUUUCCGUGAGGGAGCCAAGGGACGCUGAGGGAAUUAGGGAUGACGACCGACCUUCUCAACUCCUUGCAGCUGUUGGAGGGAAGAGGAGGACGAAGAGGGAAGGAAGUUGCGCUUCUCAUUUGCACUUGAGACGGGAAGUCCCCGACAGCACUGAUGCUCGCAGUCGCCUAAGCGGAGGGGCCGAGGGGAUGGGGCUGGAGGGGUGGAGAGGGCACGGGGAGGUGGGCGCUGCUGGAGGACGCCCUUGCCCACUCCCCUUCCUGGUACUGGCCUUGAGGGGGUCCUCUUUCGGCUCACCCCUCUACCACGUGGGAACCCCCCCGCCCCCCAGUUAAUCGUGAGGCCCUUGUGGUUCAGGGACCGUGUCUAACUGAUCUUGGAUCCACACCAGUGUCUAGCACAGGGCUACACUGUGCUAGACUUUAAACUCAUAGACUGUAAGAUCAUUAUGGGCAGGGAACGUGUCUGCUAAUUCCGUUGUACUCUCCUAAGCGCUGAGUACAGCGCUCUGCACAUAGUAAACGCUCAAUAAAUAUCACUGCUUCACGCUCGAUCGACACCGUAACUAAAUCAACGGGUUAAAUCCUGAUUGGUUUAACCCAGUUUGGUGGUGGGCUGACAUUAUUCCCUCUUGCUGACAAAGAACCCCCUUUUGGCUCUGAGAUCAGCAAAGACAAGAAGCGACUGCAGGGGUCCAGGAAAGCCUCGGUAGGUGGAGCCUGGGCUCAAACGAAUCCUAAUUUUUUGGCUGCUGAACUCCCUAAACUCCUGGGAUUUGAUGUGUUUACUGCAUUGGAAAAGAAUAAAAGUAUUUCACCCAAAUUGGA